GGAGUCGCUGCUCCACACAGAGCAGAUGAGAUCAGACUGAAGCAGAGAAAGUGCUGUCUAUCUCUCUCUCUCUCUCUCUCUCUCUCUCUCUCUUUCUCAGAUUUGAAUAUCUACAGCGCGGUUUAUUUACGGUGGAAUAUUAAGCUGAGAUUAACAGCAGAUUGGAGAUGCUGGAAAAGAAGAUGGACUGGCGGUGGAUGGUUCCUUUGUUUCUGCUCGGGAUCAUAGCAGAGGUCGCUGUAAUAGCGAGUCCGGAGGUAAACAACAGCCAGCAGCAUGUCCCUCAAAAUGUAUACUCCGAUAUUGGAUCCACGAGACAGAAGAUCAUGACGGCGCAGUUCGAGUGCUAUCAGAAGAUAAUAAAGGACAACAGCACUGUCAGAGCUGGUCUAAUGUGUAACCGAACGUGGGACGGGUGGCUGUGCUGGGACGACACGGACGCUGGGGUCACUGCUCACCAGCACUGUCCUGACCACUUCCAGGACUUUGACCCUGCAGAAACAGCCAGUAAGGUGUGCAUGGAGAACGGCCAGUGGUUUAUUCAUCCAGAGAGCAACAGGACGUGGACGAAUUUCACCAGAUGUAAUGCACACAGUAAAGAAAGCAGAAUGACCGCAAUAAAUCUGCUCUACUUAGCCCUGAUAGGACACGGACUGUCUCUGGUCUCGCUGUUUAUAUCACUCGGGAUAUUUUUCCAUUUUAAGAGUUUGAGCUGCCAGAGAAUCACCCUGCACAAAAACCUCUUCUUUUCCUUUAUCUUGAACUCCAUCAUCACCAUCAUCUGGUUAACGGGCGUGGCCAGUAACCAGGAACUAGUGCUGAGAAAUCCGACCAGCUGUAAAGUUUCUCUGUUUAUUCAUCUGUAUCUGUUCGGGUGUAACUACUUCUGGAUGCUGUGUGAGGGAAUUUACCUCCACACACUCAUCGUUGUGGCUGUGUUUGCCCAAAAACAGCAUUUAAUGUGGUACUAUCUUCUCGGAUGGGGUUUCCCGCUGUUACCAACUACAAUACACGCCGUAGCCAGAAGUUAUUAUUAUGAUGACAACUGCUGGAUCAGUUCAAACACGUCUCUGCUGUACAUCAUCCACGGGCCGAUCUGUGCCGCGCUGUUGGUGAAUCUGUUUUUCCUGCUCAACAUCGUACGCGUCCUCAUCACCAAGCUGAAGGUGACACACCAGGCCGAGUCGAGUCUGUACAUGAAGGCAGUGCGUGCCACUCUCAUUCUCGUCCCUCUGCUGGGAAUCCAGUUCGUCCUCCUGCCCUAUAAACCUGCGGGACGUGUCUUAUCCGAGAUCUACGACUACAUCAUGAACAUCUUGAUGCAUUAUCAGGGUCUUCUGGUGGCUACCAUCUUCUGCUUCUUCAAUGGAGAGGUACAGAGUGUGUUACGGAGACACUGGAAUCAGUAUCGGAUGCAGUUUGGCAGCGCGAUGGCUCACGCCGAGGCGCUCAGAUCGACGUCCUACACGGCCUCGUCCAUCACCGAGGUGCAGGGCUGCUACAGCAUCGACGGCCACAGCGAACACUUAAACGGCAAGAGCUGCCUCGAAGCUGAGAAAUCGGAGAAUUCCUUCAACUGAGCGUGUCACUGAACACGGCAAGACAGCACUCUGAUCGUGCUCGAGUUAACGCUGCGAAGAUCACAUGACUGCGUCUACCCAGAGUUCUCUGCCGACGCAUGAUAGAAGGAUUUUAGGAAGGAAGGUUUACUGCUCUCACACUGCCUUAUUAUCUUACACAGUGCUAAAAAAAAGAAAACAAAUGAAAUGGUGACACUUUAAGAGACACAAAAUAAUUUAGUCAUUAAUCAUCCAUAAUUAAGAGUAUUAAGCAUUAGUUAGCCUUCUAACCAUAGAAACUAUAGAAAAGUAACAUACAAUAAUUAUCACUGAGUCGUGUAUGUAAUAUAUGUAAAAUGACACUUUUUAAAAUAUUUUUAUGAUGAAAUCCUUUCAGGGAAACUCAGUUGCCUGCUAAACUAGUCAAUGUGAGAAAAUCUGACUCCCCAAGCAAGAGUUAUUGCUUCAUAAAAUAUAACAGCAUGUCAAAAUAUUUGCAUAAUAUGCAAAUAGAUUCUGUAAUAUUGGAACGUGGAGUUGGGGGUGAAAUUCACAUAUUCAUAGAAUAUGAAUUUUUUAAUUAGAAUGAUUUUAUUUUUUGUGGAAGCAAUAGUCUGUUAGUUAUUUGUUUUUAUUAUUUUUUAAGCUAUGGUCUUCAAAACAAGCGUGUGGUACUUUAGGAAAACAGAAAAUCAACGUACACGUUUUGAAUAACUUGCUAAACUUGUGUUAGGUAGAAAAGGAACGGGUUUAACAAACACAGCUAAAAAAAAAAAGACGUCUGUAAGCUGUGAAUAAAAAUGGCUAUAAAGAUAGACAGUUUUCAUUGUUAGAGUUAGAGUUAGUUACAUCUAAACGUACUGGUUCAUUAUAAUUAUAAAGGCAACUAAUCCCUUCUACAGGACUGCAAAAAUGUAGCUGUACAAAAAAUUAAAAAUAAGUGGUGAUAAAUUAACUAUCGUGUACUAGUAACUUAACAGCUCGUAGCUACAUUCUUAAUUUUUUACUUAAAACCACGUAACAGUUAAUGAGUAAGUUAACUGAUAUAUCAAUUAUAUAUAAUCAGUGAUUUGUUAAAAUAAUACACUGAAAAAAUUACAUCUAAGCAAGUGAUAAUAUCUUGAAUAUAGUCAAAAUUAUGUAAUUUUCCGAUUAUAAGAUUACAGUAAACCAAAUAUAAGGUUAUUAAACCUAUUUCUAGCUAUUUUUACUCAUUUCAAGUGUUAAAAUGUUCUUAAUUUGUUGCCAGAUAGAAACGCUUUUAUCUAGAAAUAAAUGUAAAUAAAAUUAGAAAAAUUAUCUGCCAAUAGAGCAAGCUUAAAAGUAAUAAAAUAUUAGAUACAUUUCCUGUAACUAUAUUUAAGAUAUUUCCACUAGGUAUCAUUUUUGCAGUGUAGAUAGCUGAAAAUGAAACUAAUUUCUAUUAAUUACUCCCAAAGAUAUCUGAUGUGAGACUAAUGAACGUACUAAUUAAUGUAGCUCACAAGUCUAAUGGCCAAAUCUUCAUAUACUUGCUUCACGUCCUGAACUAUGUUAGUAGUAACUAAAUUAGUACAUAAUUCAUUCCUUAAAAGUGUUACUAAUUAAUUAAAAAAAUAUAUACGUAUGACAUUUGAAGUAUUUGUAGUCGCCUGGCUGCUUUGUAAAGGCAUUGAAUUGUAAAUAAUCUCUUAUUUUAUAAUAUCAUUUCUCUUUUCUUUCCUCUGUAUUGUUCAUUCGAAUAAGGCUGAAAUAUUAGCUGUUGCCACUGAUACGCUUUUCUGACUUGCGCUGUAUGAAGUUACAUUUUUACUAAACGUUGUACAAAAACAAAUAUAUGUAUAGAUAUAUAAAUAUAUGAAUAUAUAAAUAUUCCCAUUCAGGGAGAAAGCCAGUAUCAUUUUCUAUGUUAUAUUCAGGAAAGUACUGUAAACUAAUGAUGUAGUGCUGGUGUUUGUGUUCAUGCAUCGUGUCUUGUCUGUAAGUCACAUCAUAGAUUGUGUUUACUGUUUCAAAAUACACAUAAUGCACCCACGACAAUCCCCCACUUACAUUUUGUAAUAUAUUCAUAUCCAACAUGCACAAUAUUGGUAUGAUGGACUUGUUAAAAUACCGACUGUGAUCGACUUUGUAGGAGGCCACAUCAUUUUGGUCAGGAAUAAAAUCCAUUUGCAAGAAAACAUUAAGACAAGUGACUUCUAAGCUUACUUAAAUGGA